GCAGGUUGCCGUAACGUUAGAUAAAUUCCGUAAAUUCCGUAAGAAAAAAAAUUCAAGUUCAAGAAGUCGAAUUGCCCCAGCUCGCGAUGGCCAGCUCCAAAAAGAUAUCGGAUGAAAGUCUGCAAAAGCUUUGCAAGGCAGGAACUGCGAAACAGCCAGGGAGUUACGCGAGGUGGUACGCGUACGUAAGCCAAGAGUUGGCCAACGCUCCUCAGCACGACGGUGGCAGUGGUGACUUUGAUUAUUCCAUAGAGCAACAUUUGGUAAAGGAAAACCGGCAGGAUGACUUGCUCCGAUUUGCUGAACUCAAACGGAGACUGUACGAAACGAGCAUUGUCGAGAAAAAAGAUGAGCUUCUCAGAUUCUUUGCCAUGAUGUCCUACUUCAGGGUAAAUGGCGUUCAAAAGAAAAUCAAUGCUGAGAGGACAAGGUCUGAGUCGGAAACUGAUGUCAAGCAACUAGGCUCUGGAGAUUUUGCAUUUUUGAGGCACACUCCAGGUGGUGAUAGCGAAAAAAGCCCAGGAUUCCAGCAAGGAUUUUCGCCUCUCAGGCACAUUGAAAUAAACCAUUCCCACAUCUCAAGACGAGAGAGCUUAGCUGAGUCUAUAUCUUCCAACGUCAGCUCAAGAUCUGCAGUUUGCAGAAACUUAGAAAGUGGAUAUUCUCAGCACGAUUUGAUAAGAGAAGUAAUUUUCGCUUUCAAUGGCAUUGGUGGCAGCGUUUUCAUAGACGAUUGUGGUGAUGGAACGUUCAGAAUUUCCCAAAAGCUUAAAGGUUCACUACGACAGCAUGCAUCUCACCUGGCUGAAAUUGGCACCUUGAAUUUUAAAAUUAGGAAGAUCAUUGAUUCUGUGCCACACAUUGGCGCGCCAUAUUGCCUGACUGCUCUUGUUAGUGCCAUUCGAGAUCAACUGCAUGAGUUUAACCGACUCAUCACUAAUUUGGAGGCUCAGUUGAGACAAUCAAGUCGAGAGAGUCCAAUGACCCUACUCCAAAUCCGCAUAAUCACACAUCAGCCAAAGUGCCAUUUGAAGUGGUUGGCGACAGUGGCCAAUGAGUGCAAGGACAAGAAAGGAGGCGCCUUGCUCUCCACUCUACACAUGCUGGUCCAGCAUGGUGAUCCAAAAGUGCGAGAGUGGCUGACGCCUCUUCUUACAGCUGCUUCGGCACCAUUUUACUCAAUAUUGUCUGAGUGGCUGGAAAGGGGAACAUUAAAUGAUCCGCACAUGGAGUUCUUCAUUUCAGCAGACAAUGAGACCAUUGUGAACAAUUUUUGGCAUCGCAAAUACUCUUUGAGGGAAUCAAUGCGCCCGAGUUUCAUUUCUCAAGCUCAAGCGAAUAUGGUUCUCACAACUGGCAAGAGUGUGGCUUUUCUCACCCAGUGUUGCGGAAAAGUUCCCAAGGAUUUUAAAAUCCCUGGUCUGCAAGAGGCGAUUGAAAACUGCAGUGACAAACUUUGGGAGGUCGAUGGCGCUUUGCAAGUUUGCAUUGAAGUAGCGCACAGGGAUUUUUCAAAGGAAGCUCUGGUGGUGAUGAUGCAAGACGGAAAACUGGCUUUACACUUGCAGGCCAUGCGACGCUACAUGCUGCUUGGCAGUGGAGACUUCAUCAAGUCCCUGAUGGAAUGUGCUGCAGAGGAGCUGAACAAAAAGGCUGGCAACCUAAUGACGCACACCUUGACUCCAAAAUUGGAGACCGCCAUCAGAUCUAGCAACGCACAAUAUGAGGAUGAAGAUGUCCUGAACCGUUUGGACGUGAAACUGCUGUACAUGUACAAUGAAGAAUAUGGAUGGGACAUUUUUUCUCUGCAGUAUUGCAUCGAUGGUCCUAUAGCUAUGAUUUUCCCUCCUGAGGUGAAGGUAAAAUACUUGAGUCUAUUCAACGCUCUCUGGAGGGCCAAGAGGAUGGAGUGGCUCCUUUCCAACAUGUGGAGGAGCCAAGCUAUAUCUGCCAGGGAACUUAGAAAAAUGACAGAGAUUGGACCAUUGAUCAGAGAGUUGUCCGUGUUGAUUUCGGAAAUGAACCAAUUUAUGAGGCAGAUGCAGUAUUACUUACUCUUUGAGUGUGUUGAGUGCCAGUGGAGUUUGCUGCAGGCUGCCAUCAACCAAGCUGCAUCUCUAGAUGACAUCAUUCAAGCGCAUAGCAAAUUCCUAGACAACAUUUUGAAAAGUUGCUUCCUGGACGAACAAAAUUUUUCAAAGGAAUCGCAGCACCUGACCCUGAUCCUCCGCCACAUCUACAACUACAUCCUGGAUGUGUGCAAACUUGAAGCGGAGUUUGACAAGUUGAUCAACACAGAAUUUCAAAGGAGAAAGGAUCUUGAGAAACGUUAUGAGCAACUGGAAGAGGCCAGCAUGUAUGGGAUCACCAAAGAUGAUGAAGAGAAGGAGAAGUACGCACUGAAGAGGUUCAGCAAUGCCAUAACCAAGAUCCAAGUGACUCUGGUGCUCAAUGCUGAUGGCUACAGGGAAAAGGUGAAGACAUUCCUCCUAGCUUUGGCGUCGCAUCCAAACGAAGAUCUGCAAUUCCUUAGUCUGCGCCUCGACUUCAACGAGUACUAUAAGACUUUGGACAAGCGACUGAGCGCCCCACACACACUCAGCUAUCGCCGACGGAGUUCUCUGAUGGCCCCUUACGUAAACAUGACUGUCAGCGCGGAAUUUUGACCAAUUCAAAGAGCAGUCAAAAGAAGAAGAUCCAAGAUUUUGAGUCUCUGCUGUGUCGGAUAACUUGCUGACAGGCAUUCUAAAUUUAAAUAGUGAAUCUCAAAAUUUUUAAGAUGCUAGGAAAUGUGAUAUUAUUUAUCUUGAAAAUAUUUUCGCGCAAAUUUUGCAAAUAUUGGUAAAUGAAACUUCCUGUUAACAUUCUUCCAUGAGUACUUCUUCCAAUAUGCACAAAAAUGAAAAACUAAAAUAUUAAAUAAUACUCUAACUAGAAAAAUACAAGAAUAAAUUACAC